CAAUUAUGGUCUUCCGUCACUCUUUCCACAUGUUCUCGAGUAGCUGGCUGUCAGACAGCAGGUCAAUAAGGCUCUGCGUUGGUCGUCGUUCGUUUUGGGUAGCUGUCCGGCAAUUAUAUUCGACGUGAUCGUGAUCGUUUUUGUUAUUCGGUUUGGCGCUUUCCGUGAUUUUUUUAAGUGCGCGUCGAAUAACAGUUUGCCGUCGUUUCCUAUUGAUUCUGUCUGCGAUUUUUCAACCCGUUAUUCUAGUAAUUAGUGUUCAAAAUGGCAGCAACAAAGGCAACUAGCAGUGCUUUGCGCGCUUUGGCUGUGGAAUAUAAGAGUCUCCAGGAGGAGCCAGUAGAAGGUUUUUGCGUCAAGCUCGUCAACGACGAUAAUCUGUUUGAAUGGGAAGUGGCUAUUUUUGGACCUCCUGAUACCUUGUAUAUGGGAGGUUGUUUCAAGGCCAGGAUGAAAUUUCCCCCGGAUUAUCCUUACUCGCCGCCGUCUAUUAGGUUUUUGACGAAAGUGUGGCAUCCCAAUGUAUACGAGAAUGGCGAUCUGUGUAUUAGUAUACUUCACCCACCAAUAGAUGAUCCCCAGUCAGGGGAGUUACCCUGCGAACGGUGGAACCCGACGCAAAACGUGCGCACUAUCCUACUAUCAGUUAUAUCACUUCUUAACGAGCCAAAUACUUUUAGCCCCGCUAAUGUUGACGCUUCGGUCAUGUACCGCAGGUGGCGCGACUCCAAGGGUCGCGACAAAGAAUAUGAAAACAUUAUUAGGAAACAGGCAAUGGCGGCAAGGGCGGAAGCCGAACGUGACGGCAUUCAAGUGCCGCUCACUCUCGAAGAUUACUGCAUCAAAACUCAGGUCAAACCCAAUACGUCCGACUCGCAGGUCGAUAUGACCGACUUUUACGACGACGACUAUGACGAGGACUACGAAGAUGUGUCCGACGGUUCUGACUACGCCGAAGACGACAACGACAGUGGCAAUGGCGAGUCGUGAUGACGUCAUCAUCGUAAUCGUCGUUAUCGGCUCUCGGUCGUUGUACAUUAAUUCAUUUAACAUAAAAAUGCGUGUGUGUUUGUAGUGCGUCGGGACUUUUUUUUUCGUUUUUUCCGGGGAAAACGCGUGCUCGGGUCUUGUAUAUAUAUGUAUAUAUACAGGGUGUUUGGAAAAAGAGGCGGAAAUAUUUAAAAGGGUCAGUCGGGUCGUCUUGUGUGAAAAAAAUCUGUAGCUGCGGAAACACAUCCUCAUCAAUUUUAAGUCAUGAGAGGUCAAACGUGUGUGCAAACAUUGAAUUUUGACGCGGUACCUUAAAAACAUAGUAUUUGUGGCCCUAUUUAUACACUGUUUUUGACUCUAAAGGACCAAAAUACUUUGGGUGCAUCCAUCCUAAUACCACUCGCACUAAUUUUUUUGCUGAUGUGUUUGUUAGGUGAACAACCAAAAACAUUUCACUUUCUGUCCUAUAGUCUUCCCUUUUCAAAGAGAAAAUAAACAAUUUUAUGGCAUAUUUUCAAAAAAAUAAGGAAUGAAAUA